CUGGCAACCCUGCGAACUGCCUGCCCGAGCGCUGAUGAGAUUGGAGAGGAGGAAAGCACGAGCGUUGAGUUGGAGUUUGGAGCUCGGCACCAUCGCAUGCGGAUCCGCGUCUAUAAAGUGGGAUGGUGAGAGGGGGGAGCGCGUGAGGAGAUGGGCUGCGCCUCGGCAAAGCAGGUAUCGGCCGUGCCGAGUGACGACGAGGGCAGAGGAAAGGCGUACAGCAACGGAGACGUCUACUCCGAUGAGUACAGGAUGAAAGCAGUCGAGGAGGUGAAGUACAUGCGUGGAGAGGAAGACCGAGUGAACACACGCAACCAGGAGAACCUGGAGAAGAGUUCAGCACAGAACAAAACAAAGCUGCACAAAGAGGUGCCAGGAGCCAACGCCAACAAGGCCAAUAUUCAUUCGUCAGAGAGUCAGCAGGAGUUCUUCAGAAUGCUGGACGAGAAGAUUGAGAAGGGACGAGACUACUGUUGGGAGGAAGAGCGAGCGAGAGGGAAUGAGAGAAAGAUAGAGAGAACAUUCCCUUCUAUGGAGUGAAUUCAAAUCAGUGUUUUGUCUAUAACUGCUCAGAUUGGAAGGGUGUGUGUGUGUGUGUGUGUGUGCGUGCGUGUGUAUGUGUGCGCGCGCGUGUGUGAGUGCGUGACUGAGUGAGUGUGAGAGAAAGUAAAAGCUAGUGUGAGCCUGCGAACGGGAAUUUCCCUCGAGAACUGUAACCGCACCCCCCCCCCGAGCCACCACCCCCCCCCCCCACCCCCCCCCACUUUCCUCUUGCUUCCAUCGACGGUGGAAUAAGGAAACGGACGUUUUGAUUGACAUCUAUUCGAACAACCGAUCUACUGAGGAUUUGACUCCGUCCCUCUGCACCUCCUGCUUCAACCUGAUUGGUCGGUUAUGGACCCACAACUUCCUCCUCGAGUGUGAGAGACAAUGAGAAGAAAGAGGAUGAAAAGAGGAACAGGAUGUUUUUGUGCCCUCGGGCAGAAAACAUGGGAUGGAAGGACGUAACACAGAACGUGUGUGUGUGUGUGUGUGUGUGUGUGUGUGUGUGUGUGUGUGUGUGUGUGUGUGCUUGAUAUGUAAAGAAAAACAGAAGAGAUAUUUUAAUAAGAGAGAUAUGGAAGAUGGAAAGCUUCGAACUCCUGCCUUUUGAAGGACGUUUUAUUUUAAUUUGUGGAGUUUUUCAUUUCAUUUCAUUUAUUAUUAUUAUUAUUAUUUGUUGUUGUUGUCGUUGUUGUCGUUGUCGUUGUUGGGUUUUUUUUCUUUUUGGCUCAUAUGAUAGCACAGUGCCCCUUUUCAGACUAAAUAUGUAACGGGCAGGGCCGCACUGACCCCGUACCCACCCUUCUCACACACACACACACACACACACACACACACACACACACACACAUCAAAACAGAUUACAUAUCAAAUCACUUUAUAUUCACUGAGCCCUGAGACAGACACACUGACUGUAGAAUUCCCUGCUUACACUCCUUCCUAACAACACACACACACACACACACACACACACACACACACACACACACAGACAGAGAGACUUUAACCACGCUUGCCGUUCGUCUGAAUUACGCUGCUGUUGCGUUCUCAAACCUGAUUGGUCGAUUACUUUUCUAUAAUCACAGGUUUAUGUUAAUGCGCUCGUUCUACUGUAAUACGUUAUCGUUCCUAUAGUAACGGCUCAUUCACGGGGACUUCUGCGACGGACGGGAUACAUGAUCGAAGGCUAAUGAGAAAAUGAUUUUUUUUUUUUUUUUUUUUUUUUAAAACCUAAUCUAAUCGUCGAUACGGUGAAGGUUUGUGCCAGGACGUGUUUACUGAACACUGAUGGAAGGAGUCUCCAGUGUCAGCGCGUUGUCAGGCAACAGUCAGGACGCUUUCAGAGUUUCUCGGUAAAAACGACUGAGUGGAUCUUCGAGAAGGAGGACCCGGUGAGGGAACGCCCGUUUACAGCUGCCGUAACGUAAGCGACGACACGAGCUAACUCGUUUCACGGACGCCCCGCGACAUUAAACGUGUCUGCGUACGGGUGCGAGGAGUGACGCACCUGGGGGGCGUCCCGUUAGAGGAAAAUAAUCAACUUCGGAGUGGUAGUGGAGUCUGUGAAGCGCGACCAGGGCGUUCUGUGAGUUCAGGUUUUACUAGAGAGGACACACUCGACGUUAUCGGAUUAUCACCGCACCUAUAAUUCACGACAACUGGAACCUGAUGUCAAUUUUUGUUUAAAAAAAAAAAAAAAAAAAGGAUCUACGAGUGAAAAGUUCAGAAAUAAUCAAUCUAACAUCAAAUUAAUAAAUAAAUCUACUAAAGUAGAUUUCUGUGAUUUUUAAAAAAAAAAAAAUAAAUUAUUUCAACAAUUAAUAAAGGGUUCCGUGACGGUGUACAAAAAAAAAAAAUUUAAAAAAGUCUGAGAACCCCUGCUUUAAA